AUGUCAUGGGCACCUCCAUGGACGGCGUCUGUUCCCACUGUCCUGGUCGUCUGUGCUGUCCUCGCCUGGUGGUUCACCGAGCCUAAGACGGUGCACCUCAACUUGAUCGUCACCAUCGGCUGCCUGCUGUUUUUCUGGGCUGUCGCACCGGAGCUGGCCCAGCAGUCGCCCGCCUGGCUCCUGGACUCCUGCCUCGACCUCGCGACCUUCCUCCGCCUCGACUACCUGGUCGCCUACCACACCAACAUGCUUGUCACAGGCGCUGCUCUCCUAUGGCUGGCGCAACGAACAUGGCAGACGCUGCGAAAACCCGUUCCCGAACUCAUCAGCAUCCUCGGUGUUGACGUGCCCGAUGCCCCAGACGUCUCGCUCGCCGGCAUUCGCCCCGAUGCCGCCACGCUGCACUGGACGCGACCACGUGCCAACCGGCCCGUCUCCAAGUUCUUGAUCCAGGUCAACGGGAUCUUCGUGGGAGAAUCGGCGCCGACCGAGACUGCCAUCACAGUGACCGGGCUCAAGCCUGAUCACUUCUACAAUGUGGUUAUCAUUGCUGUGGGCCACAACAAUUUCCAGGCAGGUAGUCGCGUUAUCCGCCUUCACACCUUUUCCAGGGAUGGUCGACCUCAGCUUGGCAAUGGGCGACUUCCAUCCAAUUUCGACCCCAACGAGCAACAGAUGCACGUAGCAGAUGCACAUGACGAUGACGGAACUCCGAGGAGCCCUGCCGCCGGCAUUGAGACGGCAUCCGUCUCGAAGGACUCGCUUCUUCCACCCUCGGCAAGUUCGUCCAAUAUAGCACGACGGAAUACCCUUACGAGGAAGCAUUCGCCUUCUACAACAAGCAUAGAUCAGUCGGUCAGGGAUGUGCUCAGUAAAGACCCCGAGGAGUCACUGCAGAAGUUGGGAGAAAAAUUCGAGAACAUACGUAAAGAGAUGGAAGAGAUUCAAGCGCAGAUCGGCAAGGAUGAGAAAGAGAACAAGGAGCUAAUGGGUCAACUUGCGGAGGAAAAGAAGUCAAAGCGGCGCAUUCUGAAGGAGAAGGAUGACAUGACGGAGAAGCUGAAGAGGGAGAUGGGUUCAACGGAUCGUGCCAUGCGGAGCGCUCAGCAGAAAAAGACACAGCUUGAGAAGCGUCUCAAGGACAAGCAAAACGAGCGCAACAAACUCCACGACGAAAUCGCCAAAUGGGACAAGGACAUGGGUCAGAUGCGUAAGAGGCAGGGUGGGUUCGAAAUGGACGAGCACACCAUACAAGAGGAGGGCGACGAUCGCAUCAAGGAGCUUCGGGUCGACAUCGAGGCUCUUCAGGUCAGCCUGACUCACGAGGAGCGCGAGCUGAAAGAAAAGGGGCGAGAGCUCAAGGAGGCCGAAGAGCAGCGCAAGAAACUACCUGGCGGCGAGGAGAGCGACGAAUGGCACGAAAAACAGCGUCAGCUCAAGAGGGAGCACGAUCUCAAGGCCAUGAACCUAAGCAGGAGAAUUGCUUAUUUGAGAACUCGAGAGCGGGCCCAGCUCGACUACGAAAAUCUCUUGAAGAAUCAUCUACUCACGGCACAGCAAUCCGGGCUGGCUUUCUCAUACAACCAGGCCAACUCUUCCGGGGUGGACUUUGAGAUUCCCACACAGACUCAGCUGAAACGGCGCAGUCGCAACAGCAAUUCCCUGUCCAACGUUGCAGUGCCCUCACCGGUCUCUUCCUUUGCCAUGCCCGACCGUUCAUACGCUCCCCCCGGUGCAUAUGGAGUGUCCCGGUCAUCUACUAUGCCUCCGGGCUUUUCUGUCGUACCGAUGCCGGAUGCGCCCGAUUUUGCAGACUUCACAGAGGCGCUUGAUGAGGACAGCAUGAGAGCUUUGACGGGAGGUGCGCCUCUCAGCCCGACAGCGACGGCAUUGCUGCCUGCCGGUAUGCUGGACAUGGUGGAUGACGACGAACCCCCCAGCCCGGCAUCACGACCUGCAAGGCAAGGCACCUUCGGCUCGACCGUCUCCCCAGAACAUGAUCCACAAUCCCCUGUGUCUUCGGGCCGGUCCCUUAGUAUCUCUAGUCCUCAUAGUUCCACUCAGCACCUGCCGUUCUCCCAGUACACUGGGGAAAACAGCGAACGCAUGUCUCUGAGGGGAGAGUUGAGCUCAGCUUCGCCUAGUGCCGCACGCGCUCAAGUUAACAAUCGGUUCAAUCUACUGCCGUGGCUUCAUCGUGGCGCCAAGUCGAGCGACGAACCCCCUACCUUGGGCUCCCUUAAACCUAGCGAGAGCCAAUCAUUGCCACGACACACGGAUGAAAUGGAUGGCUUUCCGGGUCGGCGCAGAAUCAGCCUCUCAGGCGGAGGAGGAUGGAACAUGUUCAAUCGCAACUCUGCAGGCCCUGAAACGCUCGAAAGCGGGCAUCAUGGAUCUCGCGGGCCCAUGUCCCGGCGGUUCGGACUGUUCACGAAUUCUGUCAACAACGGUUUUCCCGAGAGAGAUCCCAGCAGUCCCCGACCAGUGUCGAUUGCGUCCUCAGACUUGCCACGACCGUCGACAGACAGCGGGUCCAUCUGGGGCAAGCACACGCAGCCCAGCAGGCUCUGGUCGCCGGAGGGUGCUGAUCCUUGGUCUUCAAGAAACGUGUCUAGGAGGCCAUCCAUCCAUGGGUCUCCCUCGGCCCUCAAGACCACCUUGGCCGAUGCGGACGACGAGAUUCUCGACCAGGAGGAUAUAGAUCUUCGACGCCCAUCCACCGUGGGAGUCAUUGGAUCCAAGCCGAUGUCCAAGACACUGACCCAGCGUCUCAACCCGGCCGCUCCAAGCUUCAUGUUCUCCUUCCGCAAUAAGGACAGAGAGUCUAGGGACGGGAAAGAGAAGGCGAAAGGGAAGGUCAGAGAGAAAGUACCUACAAAGGACAAGAGGCCCAGGGAGUCCUUGACAUCUGCAUCAGAGGCGACGGAUACCCCGUCUAUGGACGAGUCACCAUCCGAAUCCCGCAAGUCGAGAGAUGCGUUCUCUGUGGAUACGCCCUCCAUCUCGGAGUCGCGAGAAUCGCUUUCGCUGGACCAGUCCUUUUCGAACACCCCUUCAGAACCGUCCAUUGGCCUCGGACUCAAGGAACCAGAGAGCGGCCUCAAAAGGUUGUUGCGCAAGGGAAGCUCUUCUAAGUUCAGUCUUUCCUCGAUCCGCGGCGUUGGCGGCAAGAAGGGCCCGGGAAGCGUUGCCAACUCGGACAAAAACUUGUCCAUUGACCGUACCAGCUUCGACAUUGACGAACACGCUGAGGACAGUGGCAGCAACGCCGCGGGCCAUGCGUUCGGGAGAAGCUACGACAGCGUGAACAGCAGCCCCAGCCUCGGCCCUGCCGGUUCCGGGAGACCGGGCAGAGACAAGGAGGGCCGCGUCGGCUGGGGUCGGUUUUCGAUGAAGAAGAAGCCCGGCAGGGAGCGGGAGAGCAUCGAAGUUGACCACGACGACUCGGUCCCCCCAACCCCCUCCACCACUGGCGAAGAUGGCAAGGCGUAG